AUGGAAGGGUUAUCUGCAAGCCAGAUGCAAGCACUGGUUGUGACUGAGCGAGUAAACUCUGUCAUCUCCAUCAUCAGCAUUUUCUUCGUCAUUUUCACCUACCUCCUAUUCCCCGGCUUCAACAAGCCCAUCAACCGGUUGAUCUUCUUCGCCAGUUUCGGAAACCUGGGAUCGAACAUCGCGGCCUUGAUAUCCGAAGUUGGGCCGCGAGCAGGCUCUCAUACGCCAGUAUGCAAUUUCCAGGCCUUCUUGGUGCAAAUGUUUCUGGGUGUGGAUUGCUACUGGGCGUUUUGCAUGGCGAUUAACGUUUAUCUGGUGUUUUUCCGAAAUUACACCGUCGAAAGACUGCGUUCUUUGGAUCCCGCAUAUCUGUUGAUCUGCUACGGCCUCUCGUUUAUCCCAGCAUUUGUGUUUUUGUUUAUUUCGACUGCUAGCCGAGGACCAAUUUAUGGACCAGCCAUUAUUUGGUGCUGGAUCACAACCGAGUGGGAUUUCAUGCGAAUGGUUUUCCUCUACGGCAUUGUCUGGGUGGCCGUUGUUCUCGCCGUCAUCAUCUACAGCAUGGCAGCCAAAGCCAUCUGGGACAAACGCGAGCACCUCGACGGCUUUCUGAACCCGCUGAAUGAGAGCCCCUUUGUCAACACCAUCACCACUCAGAUCGAAAUCACCACUGAGGAGCGCCCCAUGGUCAACAGCGGCAAGGAAGAUGUCUCUGUCGGCAUCCGUGGAGUCGAGCGAUCCACCGACCGCGGUGUCGGUAACCAGUACUCUGUCGACAUCGCAGUGGACGAGCGUGCGCAGGCGCAGGCUGCUGCACGCCCGGCGGCUCUGCGUAUGAGGAGUCUAACGCGCGAGGUGGCCAAGAACGAGGCCAAUGCCGAGGCGUGGUUGUAUGCGCGUGUGGCGUUUUUGUUCUUUAUUGCGCUGCUGAUUACCUGGGUCCCAUCGAGUGUCAACCGAGUAUACGGCCUCGUCAACCCAAACACCGUCAACUUUGGCAUGAACUACGCCGCCUCAUUCGUGUUCCCCUUGCAAGCCUUCUGGAACACAGCCGUAUACAUCAUCACCUCUCAAACCGCCUGCCACGAGUUUAUCCAAAUCAUCACGCUCCGCAAAACCAUGCAGGAGGCAUCCUCGCACCUCCAGACCCCGCCCUCCCCUUCGCAGCGUCGCCUGACUAUCCAUGCCCAAAAGGAUCCCAUGGGUAAACCCAAACGCCUUCGCUCGAUUGAGCAGGUGAAUUCAAGGCCACAUUCCUCCGGUGGCGAGCAGCAGGAGUUGCAGGAUAUGGACUCCUCGAGAUGGAGUACGGAUUCGCGUGUCGGGAGGGGAAGGUCCCGUCUUCGAUAG